AUGUGGCCCAAACAGCGUUGGCUAGUCAACAGAGCAACUGCAGCGAUACCAGCGAGGAGCAGACACCAAAUAGUAGAAGUAUUAUUAGUAGGCUUAAUCUUAGUCAAUUGCCUUGCCUCAGCGACGGCGGCGCUUAUCACACCACCAGGCAGUAGCAGGGGGAACGUCGGCAGCAACAGCUAUGAUUACGAGUCCACAAAUGAGGAUGACAGCACAUCCUUGCCGAGUUUCUAUCGCAGUCCGCAUCGACUGGAUGGCUACUAUACGACAGCAGACCUACAGCGCAGCCACAAUUUCAAGAUAAGCCCCAAGCCGUGCUCCUUUGGACGCAUUGAGGGCACCUGCAUGUUCGUCUGGGAGUGCAUCAAAUCCGAGGGUCAGCACGUGGGCAUGUGCGUUGACUCGUUCAUGUUUGGCUCCUGCUGUGCCCACAACUAUACCGACAACAUCGUAUUGCCACACACCGCCUUCUCCUACACGCGACCCACCAAGCCCCUGUCACUGCGGCCGCGACCGCCACCACAGCCGCACAAGCCGCUAAUCAGCGGUAUGACAACAAUAGAGCGUCCUCAUGGUGCAGGAACACUUGUUAUUCGUCCUUCAGGUCCGGUACAUCAGGGCACUCUGUCCAGGCCGCAUCCGAAGCCGACGACGCCGCCAGAUUUGCAGAGUGCGGCUAGCCAGGCGACGAGCAGUUCGAGUGAGUAUAGAAUGGCGCCUCCAGAUAGUAUUUGGCAUACAUCAACGCACCAGCAGACGCUGCAGCAACAGCCACAGCACCAUCACUGGCACAUGACCACCGAGCCAAGCUUUAUUACCAAGCCGCGACCCACCGGCUGGACCAAGCCCGGCAUCGUCAAUUUGCCAGCGCCCAUGCGCCCCUCCAAGCCGCCAAAGCCCACAAAGAAGCCGAUUGUCUACGAGCGGCCACCGCCAACGCCGCUGCUGACGACGUCGUCGUCAACGACAAUGAUGCUGCCGGGGCAGACGAGUCCGAAACCCAAGCCCAAGCCCAUGCCGACCAGGCCUCAGCUGUCGCCUGGCACAUCAUUAGCCACGUCCUCCUCAUCAACGGCAACAAUAACAACGAAGGGCACAACUACCACAAAGGCAACAACGACCACAACAACAACCACUAGGAAACCCACAAAGCCCUACCAGCGGCCUACCACAACGGGCACGACUACAACAUCCACAUCCACGACAGUAACAGCCGGAACAGCAGGAGCAGCAGAACCAGCUGCGGCAUCAACCUCGGCCAGACCGCGUCCAAGUCCAACAUCGCAGCAGCCCACACGCCAGCCUAUAGUACAACAGCCGGCAACGGCGGGUAUUGAAUCCAAUGAGAUAACGGACUCCUCCACACAUGAUGCCGGCACAGCCAUGCUGGGCCACGUGAAGACCAUUUCGGCUGCACGAAGCGAAUGCGGAGUGCCGAUGCUGACGCGUCCAGAGACGCGCAUUGUGGGCGGCAAGAGUGCGGCCUUCGGUCGUUGGCCCUGGCAGGUGUCUGUGCGACGCACCUCGUUCUUUGGCUUCUCCAGCACCCAUCGCUGCGGUGGCGCUUUGAUCAACGAGAACUGGAUAGCAACGGCGGGGCACUGUGUGGACGAUCUGCUCAUAUCGCAGAUACGCAUACGCGUGGGCGAAUACGAUUUCUCGCAUGUGCAGGAGCAGCUGCCUUACAUAGAGCGCGGCGUGGCCAAGAAGGUGGUGCAUCCGAAGUACAAUUUCUUUACGUACGAAUACGAUCUGGCGUUGGUGAAGCUGGAGCAGCCGCUCGAAUUUGCGCCGCAUGUCAGUCCCAUUUGCUUGCCCGAAACGGAGAGUCUACUGAUUGGUAUGAAUGCCACGGUCACCGGCUGGGGUCGCCUCAGCGAGGGCGGUACACUACCCUCAGUGCUGCAGGAGGUGUCGGUGCCAAUUGUGAGCAAUGACAAUUGCAAGUCCAUGUUUCUGCGCGCCGGUCGCCAGGAAUUCAUACCAGACAUCUUUCUAUGCGCUGGCUAUGAAACGGGCGGUCAGGACUCGUGCCAAGGCGACUCAGGUGGCCCCUUGCAGGCCAAAUCCCAGAAUGGCCGCUUCUUUCUAGCUGGCAUCAUUUCCUGGGGCAUUGGAUGCGCCGAGGCCAAUUUGCCGGGCGUCUGUACGCGCAUCUCGAAGUUUGUGCCCUGGAUACUGGAGCAUGUCAGAUGA